AAAGAGAAGACUUUCACAUCUUGAAGGUGAUUGGCCGCGGCACAUUCAGCGAGGUCGCAGUGGCAAAGAUGCGAAACACACAACAAGUGUAUGCUCUGAAGAUUAUGAAUAAGUGGGACAUGCUGAGGCGAGGAGAGACAGCAUGUUACCAAGAAGAGAGGGAAGUUUUGUUAAGGGGUGACAGACGCUGGAUCACAGAGUUGCACUAUGCCUUUCAAGAUGAUAACUACCUGUACCUGGUGAUGGAUUAUUAUGUAGGUGGAGACCUGCUGACUCUCCUCAGUAAAUUUGGGGAUCGGAUGCCUGAGGACAUGGCUCAGUUCUACUUGGCAGAGAUGGUUAUGGCCAUUGACUCUGUCCAUAGACUGGGUUAUGUGCACAGAGACAUCAAACCUGACAACAUCCUGUUGACAGCUGAUGGGCAUAUUAGACUGGGAGACUUUGGUUCCUGUCUGAGGCUACUUGAUGAUGGGAUGGUGCACUCGUCUUUAGCAGUCGGGACCCCAGACUAUUUGUCUCCAGAGAUCUUAAGAGCAGUUGAGGGAGGUGGAGGUUAUGGUCCUGAGUGUGACUGGUGGGCUCUGGGUAUUUGUGCUUAUGAGAUGUUGCUGGGGACCACACCUUUCUAUGCAGAGUCCAUCUCUGAAACAUAUGCCAAGAUCAUUCACUUUCAGGAGUAUUUUGAGUUUCCUUCUUCUGGCCCUGAGAUUUCAAAGGAGGCUCGUUCCUUCAUCAAUGAACUGAUCUGUGACAGGGAAAUCCGUCUUGGAAGGAAAGGCUCCAGUGAAUUUAGGAAUCAUCAGUUUUUCAGUGGACUGGACUGGAGUUCCCUGCAUAAACUCCCUGCACCUUUCCUGCCUGAAGUCUCUAAUCCAACUGACACAUCAAACUUUGACAUCCUCGACGACUGUCUUAGUGAAAUGGAGACACUAUCUGAUGUAAUGGACAGAGCUCCAAUAGGAGUACACCUGGCUUUUGUUGGAUACUCUUACACUGCUACCAGUCAGACAGGUGCUGUUGACCGCAGUCAAGAUAUCAUGAUGCAGAUAAACCACACCCAGCUUAGGGAAUGUGAGAAUCUGUAUGGACUCGAAAAACUGAGUCAGCUAUGGAAAGGUACAGACAAUCUACCAGACAAUCUGCCUCCACUGUUUGAGCUUCCACUUGCUUUAGACCAAGAUGCUGCUGCAUCCACCCACACCACCACAGUGGAGGAGGUGAUAUCAGGACUUGAUGAAGACUUGCAGAGACGAUUUCAUGAAGCAGAGAUGCGAUAUUGUGAGCUGGAGAAAGAAAUGGAUAGAUUAAGGGAAGAAAUGCAGGAAUGGAGAAUCCCCAAGAAGACAGAGUUGAGUAGCUGCCCAUCAUCUCUUGCUCUGCCUGCCCACUGUGUGGAAAGAGGGAAAGCACCUCCAGCCUGCCAUUACCCACUGGUGAUUCCUCUCCACCGCCACCUGCUCCUGUUCCACAGGAUUCGUCUGCCACAAGUAAAGAGUGAAUCAUACCUUCUGGUGUGUGCAGAAGGGGGGAGGCUCCAAAUAUGGAGGAGACACUUAUCCUAA